GUGAUCAGCUCGGAAAAAUGGCCGGUGGUGGUGGUAUUGGUCCCGGCAACGGGAAAGAAUAUCCCGGCGAGUUAACUCUUUAUGUUACUAUGACUUGCAUUGUUGCUGCCAUGGGUGGUCUCAUUUUUGGUUAUGAUAUUGGAAUUUCCGGGGGUGUGACAUCAAUGGACACAUUUUUGAAUAGAUUUUUUCCAUCUGUGUAUAGAAAGCAAAAAGCAGAUAAUUCAACUAAUCAGUACUGUAAAUUUGACAGCCAAACACUGACUAUGUUUACAUCGUCGUUGUAUUUGGCUGCCCUUGUGUCUUCUCUGGUGGCAUCUACUGUCACCAGAAAAUUAGGAAGGAGACUUUCUAUGCUCUCUGGAGGUAUCCUAUUUUGUGCUGGAGCUUUGAUUAAUGGAUUUGCUCAGAAUGUUGCUAUGCUCAUUAUUGGUCGUAUUUUUCUUGGUUUUGGUAUUGGAUUUGCCAAUCAGUCUGUUCCACUAUACCUAUCAGAAAUGGCACCAUACAAAUACAGAGGAGCACUGAACAUAGGUUUUCAACUUUCCAUCACCAUUGGUAUACUUGUAGCCAAUGUGUUAAACUAUUUCUUUGCCAAAAUUCAUUGGGGAUGGAGAUUGAGUUUAGGAGGUGCUAUGGUACCUGCAUUGAUCAUCACAAUAGGUUCAUUAUUCCUCCCUGAAACCCCUAAUUCGAUGAUCGAACGUGGUAACCACGACGAAGCCAAAGCUCGAUUGAAGAGAAUUAGGGGAAUUGAAGAUGUAGAUGAAGAGUUCAAUGAUUUGGUUAUUGCUAGUGAAGCUUCUAGGAAAAUUGAACAUCCCUGGAGGAACUUGUUGCAAAAGAAAUAUAGACCACAUCUUACAAUGGCAAUUAUGAUCCCAUUUUUCCAACAACUUACUGGAAUCAACGUGAUUAUGUUUUAUGCACCUGUGUUGUUUAAAACCAUUGGUUUUGGUACUGAUGCUUCACUUAUGUCUGCUGUGAUCACUGGUGGAAUCAAUGUCAUUGCCACUAUUGUUUCUAUUUACUAUGUUGAUAAAUUAGGAAGAAGAUUCUUGUUUCUUGAAGGUGGAAUUCAAAUGCUCUUUUCCCAAAUAGCCGUGGCAAUUUUGAUAGCAAUAAAGUUUGGAGUAAAUGGAACUCCAGGGGAAUUACCAAAAUGGUAUGCAAUAGUGGUUGUGAUAUUCAUUUGUGUAUAUGUUGCUGGAUUCGCUUGGUCAUGGGGUCCUCUUGGAUGGCUCGUACCUAGUGAAAUUUUCCCACUGGAAAUUCGAUCAGCUGCACAAAGUAUCAAUGUCUCAGUGAACAUGAUCUUCACAUUUGCAGUAGCACAAGUUUUCUUAACAAUGUUGUGUCAUUUGAAGUUUGGAUUGUUUCUGUUUUUCGCCUUCUUUGUGGUGAUUAUGACUGUGUUCAUAUACUUCUUCUUGCCUGAGACGAAAAAUAUUCCGAUAGAAGAGAUGGUGAUUGUGUGGAAAGAACAUUGGUUCUGGUCUAAGUUCAUGACUGAAGUUGAUUAUCCUGGAACUAGGAAUGGAACUGCUGUUGAAAUGGCUAAAGGGGGUGCUGGUUACAAAAUUGUAUGACUUUAGUUUGGGUUUUUAAAUUUUUAUUUGUUGUUUGUAUAAUGUUGUAGUGGGGAUGAUAUUGAUAAUUAUUAAUUAGAUUUGAUUGAAACUGUUUCUAUUGUUUACUUUUGCAUAGAAAAAAAUACAUAACUUUGUUCAAUAGAAAAUUUGGCAAAGCAACUGUGUAGCCUUUUGUUUGUUUUGUUGGAUGUACUAUUUAGUAGUUCUAGUCUUUUAGUGUAAGAUCUUUAUUAUAAAAAAUUAUGUUCAUAAGCUGU